AUGUCCCCGUCCCCGUCCCAAUCCCCGCCCCCGAUGCAUAUGGCCAGCCCUGCCGCCGUCCGCCUGCCGUCGUACCAGGAGCUCGUCGCGCUCUCCGGCUGCGCCCUCGACGCGGCCCGCCCAGGCCCGGUCCUGCGCCCCGGCCCGCCGCAGCAGCGCUACGCCACGCUCCCCCCGCUCCGCGUCCCCCCGCGCCCGCUGACGAAGGCCGACCUCGCGCGGUACUGCGCCACGUCCAUCCCCCCGCCCCCGCCGGCGUCGCCGUACGGCGAUCGGCCGAGCCCCGUGGCGGUGUCGGCCCCGACGCCGACGAGCAGCGCGUCCGGGUCCCCGCCGGCGUCGGCCUACGGCUACCCCGCGCCCGCGCCGCCGCACGAGCCCGAGCUGCGGUUCGCGCACGCCGCGCGCCGGGCGAAGAAGCAGGCGCUGUCGUGCUUCUUCUGCCGCGAGCGCAAGAUCGCGUGCGGGCGGCCGGACGACGGGACGGUCGACGGGCGGUGCAACCAGUGCGCACGGAGGAACAUCGCGUGCACGUAUCCGACGAUUUCGCACCGCGGGCAGCACUCGCGGCUCAAGAGCGCCGCGCGCAAGGUCGAGCACGCCCACGCGCAGGCCGCCGAGCCGUAUUCGCCGCAGAGCGCCAGUGCCAGUGCGAGCCCGUACCCCGCGUCGGACCGGGCCGACAGCGCGUCGCCCGGCGCUGACGCCGACGGCGUGCGGCUCGCGCAGCUGCAGUAUCGCGGCGGCCGCGCGUCCUGA